GCAGGAAGAAGCCAUUGCUCAGUUCCCAUAUGUGGAAUUCACCGGGAGAGAUAGCAUCACCUGUCUCACGUGCCAGGGGACAGGCUACAUUCCAACAGGUGAUCACGGAGGGAUGAUUCUCUGAUGAGAAUCCCAAGAGCAAGUAAAUGAGUUGGUGGCUUUGAUCCCACACAGUGAUCAGAGAUUGCGCCCUCAGCGAACGUGAGUUACCUGCCUCUCACCUGUUAAUACCUACUUCUGUCCCUAAUCUCUUUCUAUAUGUGUGAAUGCCAGUUAAUUCUUUGAAAAGUACAUACGUUCUUAUAAGUUCCCCAUUUUCCUUAUAACUGUUUGCCCAAGCAGGAUAUCUCUGCCCCAUCACAAUCUGGGGAAAGAAACUUGAAGCUGGAAAUACUUUAAAGGUCAAGGAAUGGAAUUAGAAGAAAUUGGGAAAGUGGGGUGUUCUGGGAGGUGUGGGACUGUCUCUGUCCACAUAGCUCCUUUCUUCAGCUUUUCUUCCCAGAGCGCAAACAGUGUUCAAAGGAGUUUUAAAAGGUUUCUCCUGCUUCGCUGCUUCUUGACUGGUUUAUGGUUCCUGACUCUUGGAACUUCCCUUUCACUCCCUUCUCUUUCCUGGUUUUGUGUUUAAUCUUGACACACUGAACCUUGAUAUCUGAAUGCCUGGGUCAGUCAUGUGCUGUGUCAUUUGCAGUAAGCAAUACGUCCUCCUGUCCAUCCUGCUUUGUCUUCUGGCAUCUGGUUUGGUGGUUUUCUUCCUGUUUCCACAUUCAGUCCUUGUGGAUGAUGACGGCAUCAAAGUGGUGAAAGUCACAUUUAAUAAGCAGGACUCCCUUGUAAUUCUCACCAUCAUGGCCACCCUGAAAAUCAGGAACUCCAACUUCUACCCGGUGGCAGUGACCAGCUUGUCCAGCCAGAUUCAGUACAUGAACACAGUGGUCGGUACAUAUGUGACUACUAACGUCUCUCUUAUUCCACCUCGGAGUGAGCAACUGGUGAAUUUUACCGGGAAGGCCGAGAUGGGAGGACCGUUUUCCUAUGUGUACUUCUUCUGCACGGUACCUGAUAUCCUGGUGCACAACAUAGUGAUCUUCAUGCGGUGCGUCUCUCUUCCCUAUCCUGACGGCCUGGCCGGCCGUGUGAGCCUACCGCCUUUGCUCAGGAGGCCCCUGUGUGGCCACAGGGCAGAGGCAUCUAGCCCGAGGGGACACCCAAUGCCUCACAGGCACAGAUACAGUAGACCCUUGGUGUUCUCUAGAUGUGGUGUCCACAUGCCCUUCACAAAUCACCAGUCACCCUGAGCAGUCAAACAUUUUCUCCAUAAAAUGGGUCUAGUUUAACUAAACACAAUGUCCCCUCAGAAUCCAAAUGAGACAGUCGUGAACAGAAAAGCUUUCUCAAGAUGUUAAGCACUGAGCAUCUGACCAGACUUCCUCUCUAGCCACACAGAUUAACACAUGUCAUGGAUCUUUAGGGUUGUUUCUGGAAGCAUGACUGUUAAAUUUGCAAGUGACAAGACUCUGCUGCAGACAUGAAAUAGGAGGGGUUAGAGCAGAGUUUCUCAGCCUUGGCACUGUGAACAUUUUGGGCCAGCCCUUUGUUGUAGGAGGCUGUUCUGUGCAUUGUAGGAUGUUUAACAGUAUUUGUGGCCUCUACCCACUAGAUCCCAGUAGUAAACCCUCCACCCCUUAGUUGUAACAACCCAGAAUGUCUUCAGGCAUUGCCAGAAGUCUCCUGUGGGGUAAAAUCAUUCCCAGCUGAGAACCCUUGUUUAGAAGGCCACCUCCUGGCACAGUACCUCUGUGAAUGUGGAAAGAUUUUUUGGCCUCCUGGUUGCAUAACCAUGAGGGUAUGUGCCUGGGGCCCCUGGUAUUGUUGCCUGAACUUGCAAAAAAUUUCCUGGGACAUUUUUAUGGCUUAUUUCAUCCCCUAAACAUAAUGAAUUCUUCUUUGUUUUCUUUUCCCUAGAACUUCAGUGAAGAUUUCAUACAUUGGCCUCAUGACCCAGAGCUCCUUGGAGACACAUCACUAUGUGGAUUGUGGAGGAAAUUCCACAGCUAUUUAACAACUGUUAUUGGUUCUUCCACAUAGCACCUGUGGAAGAGAGCACAGCAUCUGUUCCCAAGGCCUGAGUUCUGUACCUACCCACAUGUGGUGUAAGCAGAGGAGGAAUUAACUCCCAGCAAACAUCCUCCUGCCACUUAGGAGGAGACACCUCCCUACGGUACCACUUAUGUUUCUCAGAACCAGCAGAAUCACUGCCCAGUGCCUAGCCUGUGCCCAGCAAAUAGUUGGCACUCAUAAAGGUUUUCAGAAUUUAAUACAGAUCUUUUCAGCUGUUCUUAGGGCAUUAUAAAUGGAAAUCAUAACGUGGUUCUAGGUUAUCACCGCAAAUGGGGUGACGUGGAGUUAGGACUGUGAGUGAGCUGCAGGCCAUUAUCAGUGCCUCAUCUGUGCAGAAGUGGCAGCAGAGAGGGACCAUCCGAAUACCUAAGAGAAAACAGACCUAUUCAGGAUGUGAAUUUGUUUCAGCUGUUCCCAAAGGCCUGGGAGCUUUUCAAAAAGAAAGAAGUGUGUUGGCUUUUUUUUUUAGAAUGUUAGAAUUGUUUUUACCAAGAGUCUACAUGGGGCUUGAUUCACCCUUCAUCCAUUGGCUGGAACAUGGAUUGGGGAUUGAUAGAAAAAUAAACCCUGCUUUUGAUUCA